CCAAGCCCAGCAGGCGGGAGGGCAGAGGAGAGCGCAGGGGCAUGGCCUGCGGGGGUGCGCAACAAGGAGGUUUCGAGAUGCUGUUCUGACCUGCCCGGACCCGAGAAGUGCGGAGAGGAAAAGCAGCUGGGAGGCCCGGUGAUGGAUGUUCGCGGCUAACGGGUCCGGGCUCUGUUUCCCUGCGAGAAGCUGCCACGGCCCACGGAGAUGUCCCGGCACCACAGCCGGUUCGAAAGAGAUUACCGGGUAGGCUGGGACCGCCGUGAGUGGAGCGUCAACGGGACCCAUGGGACCACCAGCAUCUGCAGCGUCACCUCAGGAGCCGGUGGCAGCACAGCCAGCAGCCUCAGUGCCCGGCCCGGCCUCCUGCCACUGCCUGUGGUACCCUCCCGGCUGCCCACACCGGCCACGGCCCCCGCUCCCUGCACCACAGGUAGCAGCGAGGCCAUCACCAGCCUUGUGGCCAGCUCUGCAUCUGCGGUUACCACCAAGGCUCCUGGCAUCUCCAAAUCGGACAAUCAGUCCCAGGGACUGGCGACCAGCAUCCGGUGGGGGCAGACGCCCAUCAAUCAGUCCACGCCCUGGGACACUGACGAGCCACCCUCUAAACAGAUGAGGGAGAGCGACAAUCCAGGCACGGGGCCAUGGGUGACCACAGUGGCCGCGGGGAGCCAGCCCGCCCUGAUCGCACACUCCUAUGGAGUGGCCCAGCCUCCCACCUUCAGCCCAGCUGUCAACGUCCAGGCCCCAGUCAUUGGGGUGACCCCCUCACUGCCUCCCCACGUGGGGCCCCAGAUCCCGCUGAUGCCGGGCCACUACUCGCUCCCGCAGCCGCCCUCCCAGCCGCUGAGCAGCGUGGUGGUGAACAUGCCUGCCCAGGCCCUGUAUGCCAGCCCUCAGCCCCUGGCCGUGUCCGCGCUGCCCGGGGUGGGGCAGGUGGCCCGCCCAGGACCCACCGCCGUGGGCAACGGCCACAUGGCGGCGCCCCUGCUGCCUCCACCGCCGCCAGCCCAGCCAGCAGCCACUCUCCCCAACAGCGCCCCUGCCACCAAUGGGCCCCCGACAACCGACUCGGCCCACGGGCUGCAGAUGCUGCGCACCAUUGGCGUGGGGAAGUAUGAGUUCACCGACCCGGGGCACCCCAAAGAAAUGUUGAAGGAAUUGAACCAGCAGCGCAGAGCGAAAGCGUUUACAGACCUGAAAAUUGUUGUUGAAGGCAGAGAGUUUGAAGUCCACCAAAAUGUUCUAGCUUCCUGCAGCUUGUAUUUCAAGGACCUGAUUCAAAGGUCCGUGCAGGACGGCAGCCAAGGCAGCCGAGAGAAGCUGGAGCUGGUGCUGUCUAAUCUUCAGGCCGACGUGCUGGAGCUGCUGCUGGAGUUUGUCUACACUGGCUCCCUGGUUAUCGACUCAGCCAACGCCAAGACCCUGCUAGAGGCAGCCAGCAAGUUCCAGUUCCACACCUUUUGCAAAGUCUGUGUGUCCUUUCUCGAGAAGCAGCUGACCGCCAGCAACUGCCUGGGUGUGCUGGCCAUGGCCGAGGCCAUGCAGUGCAGUGAGCUCUACCACAUGGCCAAGGCCUUCGCGCUGCAGAUCUUCCCCGAGGUGGCGGUCCAGGAGGAGAUCCUCAGCAUCUCUAAGGACGACUUCAUCGCCUACAUCUCCAAUGACAGCCUCAACACCAAGGCCGAGGAGCUGGUGUAUGAGACAGUCAUCAAGUGGAUCAAGAAAGAUCCUGCAUCACGGGCACAGCACGCAGCUGAGCUCCUGGCCGUGGUUCGCCUCCCCUUCAUCCACCCCAGCUACCUGCUCAAUGUCGUGGACAAUGAGGAGCUGAUCAAGUCCUCAGAGGCCUGUCGGGACCUGGUCAACGAGGCCAAACGCUACCACAUGCUGCCCCAUGCCCGCCAGGAGAUGCAGACGCCCCGAACCCGGCCCCGCCUCUCGGCAGGUGUGGCCGAGGUCAUCGUUUUGGUUGGGGGUCGUCAGAUGGUAGGGAUGACCCAGCGCUCGCUGGUGGCUGUCACCUGCUGGAACCCGCAGAACAACAAGUGGUACCCCUUGGCCUCGCUGCCUUUCUAUGACCGGGAGUUCUUCAGCGUAGUGAGUGCCGGGGACAACAUCUACCUCUCAGGUGGGAUGGAAUCUGGGGUGACAUUGGCCGAUGUCUGGUGCUACAUGUCCCUGCUCGAUAACUGGAACCUGGUCUCCAGAAUGACAGUCCCACGCUGCCGGCACAACAGCCUUGUCUACGAUGGGAAAAUUUACACCCUGGGGGGACUUGGCGUGGCGGGCAAUGUGGACCACGUGGAGAGGUACGACACCAUCACCAACCAGUGGGAGGCAGUGGCCCCCCUGCCCAAGGCAGUGCACUCGGCAGCAGCCACCGUGUGUGGCGGCAAGAUCUAUGUGUUCGGCGGGGUGAAUGAAGCAGGCCGAGCUGCGGGCGUCCUCCAGUCGUACGUGCCACAGACCAACACGUGGAGUUUCAUUGAGUCCCCAAUGAUCGACAACAAGUACGCGCCUGCAGUCACGCUCAAUGGCUUCGUGUUCAUCCUGGGUGGGGCUUAUGCCAGAGCCACCACCAUCUAUGACCCAGACAAAGGGAACAUCAAGGCAGGCCCAAACAUGAAUCACUCUCGCCAGUUCUGCAGUGCCGUGGUGCUCGAUGGCAAGAUUUACGCAACCGGAGGCAUCGUCAGCAGCGAGGGGCCUGCCCUGGGCAACAUGGAAGCCUAUGAGCCUACUACCAACACAUGGACCCUCCUUCCCCACAUGCCCUGCCCUGUGUUCAGACACGGCUGCGUGGUGAUAAAGAAAUAUAUUCAAAGCGGCUGACAUCAGCAGAAAGCCCAUGACAAGACAGUGGACAAGUCUGGUGAGGCAAAUGCUAUACACAAUGAUAAUUUUCAGCAACACCAAUAAGAGGCCAAUAAAACCCAACCAAGGAACUCACUGCGCUAAACAUUUUGAAUACUCUACAUUGAAUGUAGAAAAUCAUCCUUGCCUUUGGGUGGCGCAGGGGCACAGUGCUCAAGGCCACAGGAAGCGGAACGCGACAGCCAGGGCUCGCUGGCUCCUGUGGAGGCGCUUGCUCCGAACAGGGGCGCUCGCUCUGCCCGGUGCAAUAGUUUCACAUAUUUUUCAACUGGGAGAGAGAAGCUGUUUUUUUCCUUCCUGCAGAGCAAGCUUGAUCCCUAAACCAUCAUCGAUCAGUUACCUUACGACAAUAUUAAGCAUCAGGCUCUUUGGGAAUAAGAUCAAAGUGUCCUUACCACUUUGAUUCCUACUUUCGUUUUUUAAUCAAUCUACACUUUCAGUGGCCGAGAGAAAACGGGGGACAGGACUAUGCAGCAAGGCCUAGGCUGCUGGUCCCUGCCAGGACUGAAGAGAAAUCCAGCCGCCCACACAGAGCCAGGGGUGGCAGCCGCAGGGACUGCUGGGGAGACGUCAUCUGUCCUUCGCGGGGUUUUCUACCAUGUUUUUGCUGGAGAAGGACAAGAUGGCUGUGCUAGCUUUCUCUUAUCCAAUAUGAAUUAUUUAGAUUUCCAAGGCAUUUUCUUGAUAAACAAAAGGCUAUUUUUAAGUACUGAGAGAAGGCGGAGGCCACAAGAGGGAUGUUGUUGUGGGAAAUCCCAAAGCUCUUUGUAGGUAGUGCCAGAGGGGGUAUUUGCUCUCGUUUUUCUAUGUGCAGAAUAGAGGAUCUCUCCUGGGGUGGGCCAUGCCCCCGCUUUAUUUUUGGAAACAGUAUCUCCCAGACAGCCCUGCCAGGACUGUGCGUCACAGAGGCACCGUCAGAGGAAGAAGGGCCUAUCUAGAAGGACACAGUUGUGGCUCCUGACCCCAGUCCAACUCCCUCCAUGAGGGAGGGAGGACCCAGGCCAGGGGGAAGGGAUGGAGUGAGGGAGGGAGAAGAAAUGUCUACAAAGCACAGGAGACUAUUUUUGAUAUUUAUAGCUAUAUAUUAAGGCACCUGCCACAAGAGCUCUCAGGAUGGGGACAGCCUUCUUAGACGAGCCAUGACAGCCAAGGCCUGAAGGGCGUGAGCAGAAUCACUCUUCUAGUGGCAUAUUAACCGGAAGAAAGGGAAGCCAGGAGGGAGGACAUGCUGAGGCUCAGAGGAGGAAGGCCUUAUACGCUGGUCCUUAGACCCUCAAACCUCACCCGGUCGGUCAUCAGUUUCCAUUCCAGGGCAGGAAGCAGGCCACCGCCACCACGCUGUUUAGUUGAAGUUGGUACCAAAUACACAUAUACCAUUUUUCUAUCUGGGAAGUCAGCUCACCAUCACUUCAUGAGAAGAAUCAUUUCUAAGGAGAAAGAGAACAUGCUUCCAUCGCUCAGUGUUUGCUGACACAAAAUUCUAAGCCUGAUGUUGGGCACCAACUUCUAGCACUACAAGUGUGGCUCCCACUUGGACAAGAUACCGAGCUUCGUUAUGCAGUUUUUAAUAUUAUUUAUUAUUUUAAAAAGUAAUAAGCACAAAACUACAUACAUUGUAUGUCAUUUAAAGUAUUUAUGUCAAACAGGGUGCAAGUGUGAACCCAAGGACUGGAGCACAAAUUCCUAACUGCCUGGGGCAGGGCUAACGUUAGCAUUGGUGUGUGUCUGCCUCCAAGGGAGGUGCUAGUGGUCACCAAGACUCCACAGAUGACACUGAAAUUCCAUUUCUCUCCUCAUCUAUCACACUGGAGCAAAACUGGCUAUUUCUGUGAAUGAUAAAACAGGGUUCUCUGUAAUGGUAUUGUACAUAGUAUAUGUUUAUUGUUAAGUUCUUGUUAUAUUAUAAUAAAUAUAUUUAUAGAUCUAGACUCAGAAGCCAAUGAGA